AUGUCUGCCACAAGUCGUUCCUCGUAUCAGUUACUCAUAGAAGCACUAAAGUCCCGCUUUGGGGAUGAACAUCUCCAACAAUUUCGCCUAACUGCUUUGAAACACAACCGCCAAGGCACGGACACACUCCAGGAGCUAGCUGACGUAAUCCAGCGGAUGGCGAGAAGAGCUCUCGUCGGAUGUACAGAAGUCGACGUUGAGCAGAUAGCAACCACUGCUUUCAUCGACGCAAUCGAAGACACCGACAUCCAGCUUCUUGUGCGACUCGCCCACCCAACCACGACUCGUGCAGCACUGGCUCGCGAACUCGAAGUUCAAGCAGCCAACAAAGCAAUGGACAUGGUGUCGACAUCUGGAAUCCAGCUUCCGGGGCUGGCUCACCCAUCUUCUCCGGUACGUUCGAGUAAACGUCGUUGCUUCACGUGUGGUGACAUUGGGCACUUAGCUCGAUCCUGCCCAAAUCACUUGGCCCCGUGCAAAACGCAGCCUAUACCAACGCCAAACGUUUCAAGUGUCAGUGAGCCUGGCAAGGUUGAGUCUCAUGUAGUGCAUCAUGUUCCUCUGGUGACAACGUCACUGCGCAUCUCACCAACGCCAUGUCUUUCAGUUCAUCUUCCUGAGUUGGGACAACAUUUAAAUGCUAUUGUGGACACCGGAGCUGCUGUAAGUCUAAUUGAUUAUGCAUUACUGCAAUCAGCAAAAUGUACCACGCCCAAAACACUUCCUGGUACCCUCUGUCUUAUAUCAGCCGACGGUUCUACAAUCGAACAAGAAGGAUAG